AUGCUUCGUCGUGUGCCCCUGUGUCUUGCACGCCGCAAGCACGGGCAGACGGCGUGGUCGCCGAACAACACGAGCAGCGGCGCUGCGCCGACGAACGGGAUCACCGCGCAAGAGGCGCUGCAGAUCGCGUACCGGCCGAUGCCACUGGCGAGCACGGUGGAGUACGAGGAAGACUUCGGACCGAACAUGAUGAUCCAUCGCGAGUUUGUGUCGUCGAAGCACCGCACGCGUAUGACUUCGGACAUUUCUGCGCUGGCGUACAGCGAUGUUGAGCUUACGCGGGCGCGCCAGCAGCUCGCGGGCGUGAUGAACCGCGAGCGGCGCGGCGCGCUUGUUGGGAGUGGCGGCGAGGCUGGCGACCGCGUGUUGUUCAACUCGGAUGUUGAUGAGACGACGCGGGAGGUGAAGAGCGCACGCUUCCUGUUCAACGAGCAGCGCAUGCAGUUCUGCGACCGCUUCCAGACGUUCUUCCGCGAACGCAUUGAGCGACGGGCUGCUGGCGCCGCCGAGGACAGUCAUUACUUCUUCUCACUGAUGGAGGCGUGCGCUGUCCUGCACGGGUGCGACACGGUUGGAGCUCGUGAGGUGUACUACCACCGCUUCCUGGGGCUGGACCUGGAUACACUGGAGACUGAGGCGGCGGCCGUGCGUGCGUGCGCAGCGGACGCGGCGGAGGUGAGGACGCGGUUGACGCGGGAGGAGGCAGGCGCGGGAGGUGGCGCUCUUGUGCGUACUGCAGCCGGUGCUACCGGCGGCCCAAGGAGCGCGAUGGACGCGGUGCAGGACAUCAUCGACGCGCUUCCGCCACUGUUUCCUCCACCCAGGGCUGCUGAAGUGGUGGAGGCCAGCGAGAGUGGUUCCGAUGCGCCGCCGGCGCAUGCCCGGACUUCGAGUGCUGAAGAACCACCAUUUGCGACAGUCACGCCGCCUCCAUCCGUGCCAGAGUCGUCGGGGACUUCGGCAACAGCCGAGCACUUUUUCGAGGACGCUGCGCCGCUGUACAAGGCGUACCUUGCGCAUGCGCGUGGCGAGAGUCCCGUGGGCUCGUACGACUUGACAACCCUUGGUUUGCACGUGACACACGCGGAGCGGCGCCGGUGGCGCUCGCUGAUGGACAAGAUCGCUGCGGAGAACUACCACGAGCUGACUGCUGCCGAACUGGAGGACGCGCACGUGCUGAACGGCCAGUUGCACACGGUGAAGUUCUUCGAUCUGAAGGUGGGAGAUACGGUGCGCGAGAUCAUGCAGCUGCUGGAGCGGGAGACAGGGUCGAGCGCGUCCGGCGACCGUGACGUACCUGUGGAGAUGUCACCGACGCACCCUGAGCGGCGCGUGUGA